AUGGAAAGCUCUGCAAAAACAGAAAAAUAUGAAAAGAUGUCUUUUGAUCAGGCAAAAGUGUCCAUAGAUUCUGAAACAGAAUCUCUUCCAAGUGUUAAUGAAUCCAUUGCUGCAUCUGGGCCAAGCCUUUCUGAGAAGACUCCUACGUGCCAGCCAAAAGUCAGGGAAGAGUUUGAAGGUGAUCUCGUGGAGAAUUCGAGUUGUGUGGAGGACUCCCCAUCCAAGAAAAGAAAACUCGAUGCUGAAAAUGAGGAAAAAUGCUCUGGUGAUGAUGGAGGUGUUUCAAAGAAAAGGAAACUGGAAGGGGAUGAUGUUUCUGAAGACGAGCCUUCCUCUGGAGGGACCACCCAGAGAAAGAGAAAACUACAGUCCGAGGAUAUUGCAGAAAAGCGGAAAAAGCUGGAGGAAGGACACAGCUCUGCCGUUGCUGCCCACUAUAACGAGCUUCAGGAAGUGGGUUUGGAGAAGCGCUGUCAGAGUCGCAUUUUUUACCUAAGAAACUUUAAUAAUUGGAUUAAAAGUAUCCUUAUUGGGGAAUUUUUAGAAAAGGUACGACAAAGGAAAAAUCGUGACAUCACUGUUUUGGACCUAGGAUGUGGAAAAGGUGGAGAUUUGCUCAAGUGGAGGAAGGGGAGAAUUAGCAGGCUGGUGUGUGCUGAUAUUGCUGAUGUUUCUAUGAAACAGUGUCAACAGCGUUAUGAAGACAUGAAAGGUCGUCGUGAUAAUGAAUAUACUUUUAAGGCUGAAUUUAUAACUGCUGACUGCUCAAAGGAACUUUUGGUUGAAAAAUUCCAUGAUCCAGAAAUGCGCUUUGACAUCUGCAUUUGUCAGUUUGCUUGCCAUUACUCCUUUGAGUCCUUGGAGCAAGCUGAUAUGAUGCUUAGAAAUGCUUGUGGAAGGCUUAAUCCUGGAGGCUAUUUUAUUGGUACCACCCCCAAUAGCUUCGAACUGAUAAGACGCCUCGAAGCUUCAGAAACAGAAUCAUUUGGAAAUGAAAUAUACACUGUGAAAUUCCAGAAGAAAGGAAGUUAUCCUUUAUUUGGCUGCAAAUAUGACUUCAACUUGGAAGGUGUUGUGGAUGUCCCUGAAUUCUUGGUCUAUUUUCCGUUGCUAACUGAAAUGGCAAAGAAGUACAAUAUGAAGCUAAUAUAUUAAAAAAAAACAUUUCGGGAGUUCUAUGAAGAAAAGAUUAAGAACAAUGAAAACAAAGUGCUUUUAAAACGAAUGCAGGCCCUGGAGCCAUACCCUGCAAACGAUAACUCUAAACUAGUCUCUGAAAAAGUCGGUGACUAUGCACAUGCUGCCGAGUACAUGAAGAACAGUCACGUAAGGUUACCUCUGGGAACCUUAAGUAAGUCAGAAUGGGAAGCCACAAGUAUCUACUUGGUCUUUGCCUUUGAGAAGCAGCAGUGAGCAGUUAGUUGCCUCUGAGCAGCACUCCAUCCUUACAGAUGGAGCAGACCAUCUCAGAUACAUUUGACAGCUGUUUGUUUAUUUACUAGUAAGUUCUCAAUGUGUAGG